AAAGACGUACAUUCGUAGUGCUUGGAAAAACUUAAAUAGCUUAAGCGAACUUGAUGAGUUAGCCGAGGCUCUGGACGCUCUUAUAUCCAUGUCUCACGAGGAAAAUGAAUUUAUUGAGUUAAUUACAGUCAUAGUGGAUGUACUAUCAGAGGCACCCAUGGCCUCGGCUUUCCUUUGUCAUAUCAUUGAUAGUGCUGCACUUCCAUCCAAAGAAACAUCUCACAAGAUAACAACAAGGCUCCUUCAAAAGUUAAAACCAGACCAUUGGCCUUUAGGUGGUAUAUAUCGCACAAAGCCUAAGAAGCGUACUCGAGUGAACGCUGCUAUUAUAUGGAGUGUGCUUGCCGAGAAAUUAGCAGGCGAGAUAAGUUUAUCCCUGUUUACGGAUAACGUGUGUAAUACGCUACUUGAUUAUCUACAAUCCGAUCCGGAUUUUAGCGUUCGGUUGUUCGCUUUGAUAGCUCUUGAGAAAUUUGCAAUGACCGGACAAAACAAGAACAAAAUCAUCACAUCUGGUAGGGAUAUGCAGAAGACUCUACAAAAUAUAGCUGAGGAACUACAUCCUGGGGAAAGUUCGACUGACGAUAUGAAUCGUCGUAGGCAAUUAAAGUUCUGUGUCGAAUGGGCAAUGAAAAACACAUUCG